GACGGGCAGGCGGGGAGAAGCCAGGGGCCGGGCGGGCCUGUGUGUUGGCGGCGCCGGAGCUCGCGGGAGCGGCUUGGAAGCCCGGCCGCCGGGAGGAGGCCGCGGCCACGCUUCCUGGCAGUUACUGAGGGGCUUCUUUGAAGAACCAUGAAGUCACACUAUGUUGUGCUAACCCUAGCCUCCCUGGUGUUCCUGACGAGCCUCCCUGUGUCACAGAGCUGUAACAAAGCUCUCUGUGCUAGUGAUGUGAGCAAGUGCCUCAUUCAGGAGCUCUGCCAGUGCCGGCCGGGAGAAGGAAGCUGCCCGUGCUGUAAGGAGUGCAUGCUGUGCCUCGGGGCGCUGUGGGAUGAGUGCUGCGACUGUGUGGGCAUGUGUAACCCUCGGAAUUACAGCGACACACCUCCCACCUCAAAGAGCACAGUGGAGGAGCUGCACGAGCCCAUCCCCUCCCUGUUCAGGGCGCUCACGGAGGGGGACACCCAGCUGAACUGGAACAUCGUCUCCUUCCCUGUGGCAGAGGAGCUCUCACACCACGAAAAUUUAGUCUCCUUUUUAGAAACUGUGAACCAGCCGCACCACCAAAAUGUGUCUGUUCCCAGCAACAAUGUUCACGCUCCUUAUCCCAACGACAAAGAGCACAUGUGCACUGUGGUUUACUUUGAUGACUGCAUGUCCAUACAUCAGUGUAAAAUAUCCUGCGAGUCCAUGGGAGCGUCCAAAUACCGCUGGUUUCAUAACGCCUGCUGUGAGUGCAUCGGUCCAGAGUGUAUCGACUACGGCAGUAAGACGGUCAAGUGUAUGAACUGCAUGUUCUAAAGAAGGGAAAGGGACGCAGUCCACAGCAGCUUAGUUACUAGGAGGACACGAAAAUUACUCAGUAAGUCAUGAAGUGUGCAGAAGUCAUGAGUCAAGUAUGCUAGGAACAAACUAAAUUAUGUUGUUAUAACUGUAACUUUUCUGUUUGUUGCCUAUUAGCGUAUGUCUUUUCCAUGGGAACAGUAGAACUCUAGUCCUAUGAGAAUGGGGUACGGAGGAGUUGUGGAAGAGCUGUAGUUCUGACAGAAGGAGCUAUGGCUUUCAACUACCAGCCUCAAGUCCACCAGGUCUCUGUCCUUAAAGCUGUCCGAACCGUGCCUUGGAUUGCUUAUCUGUUUUUUAUAAAGAGAGUAAAUAUUGCAGCUCACAUUCAAGCCACUGUAAAAGCUUAAUGGUUAUCUUACAUGGUUUUAGAAAGUAAAUAUUUACUAUAUUUUACAGCAGAAAACUUUUCCCUAGAGCCAGUGAGCUGACUCGGUGGGUAAAAGUGUUUGCUGCCAUGCCUGAUGACCUGAGCUUGAUCCCUAGCACCAGAGCCCAUACAGUGGAGGAGAGAACCAACAGACCUCCAUACAUGCACAAUAACAUGCAUAUGCGCACAGGCACACACACACUAAGUAAAUGUUUAAAAGAACUUUAAACCUCUCACGUGGUGAGAUCUGUCCUGCGGCACUCAUGCCGACGGUGACUUAGCUGUGGUCUUGCACUCCCCCGCCCACAGUGCUGAUGUAUAGGUAGUUGAAUCAUCUCUACCAAGAAUUGCAGCACACCCUUGAAACUCCACUAAACGCACUGGAGGAUCUGGGUGCAGAAGAAGCCAGGGAAAGAGCAGCCAGGCUGUAUGUAGGUCAUGUGAUGCCACAUCAGGUACCAGGAAGCAGCUGUCCUUUUCCAGCUGCACAGCAGAGGUGAGAGUGAGGUGCACCAGGAGAAGGAUCAGGCUCUGCACCAGCAAACCAGCCAGCUUCUCCAGCACACAGAACCAUGGGCUCGGCACCAACAAACCAGCCAGCUUCUCCAGCACACAGAACCACGGGCUCGGCACCAACAAACCAGCCAGCUUCUCCAGCACACAGAACCACGGGCUCGGCACCAACAAACCAGCCAGCUUCUCCAGCACACAGAACCGUGGGCUCGGCACCAGCAAACCAGCCAGCUUCUCCAGCACACAGAACUGCAGGCUCGGCACCAGCAAACCAGCCAGCUUCUCCAGCACACAGAACUGCAGGCUCGGCACCAGCCAACCAGCCAGCUUCUCCAGUACACAGACUGCAGGUUCAGCACCAGCAAACCAGCCAGCUUCUUUAGCACGUGAGGUUGCAGAGGGUUGAGGAAUUUACAGACGUGAACAAAGAAGGGCGAGAUUGUUAGGAACUCUUAGGAUCUACCUUAAAACCAUUUAUAGUCGCUGUUUUUGUUACUUUGUAAUGUCUAUAUUUGUUUCUGGAUAUCUGAAUCUAAUAUUCUUAUUAAAUAAGCAUCAUAUUUUGGAAGCUGUACUUCUAAAAGUGGAGGGGGAAAUCUGUUUAAUAUGUUUACUCCUGCUUAUUACAGAAUUAUCUAAUUAGCUUCUUAUGUAGUGUUUCCCUAGAGACAAGCUAAAAUACUACAUACCCUUCAUAGAAAUAAAAUCCUCACUUUCAAGCAUGAUUCUAAAACAAAUAUUUAAAAUACACAGGCUUGUUUUAAUGAAAUUGCUAUUUUUUUGCUAGUGCGGAUCUGAAUUAAAAGUAACUUUUUAGGAAUACUCUAUAUGUCUAUAUAUUUUAGUACAUAAAAUAGAAAAUGCUCUUAAACACAUUUUGCAUUCUUAUUUGAAUAGUAGUUAACUACAAGAUUGUGAUAUUACAUAAGGCUAGCCACUAUAAAAUCUGUUCUUUCCCAUAGCUGAAGAGCACUCCAGGUCCCCAGCCUUCUAACGUCACGGCGCCCUCUCUCACUCUCACAGCAGCGCCUCUUGGGAACGGCUUAGCUCCUUUCGUAGCUCCGACACCGCCCGGGGUUUUCUUGACAUCAGGAGGGGCUUUGAAGGACUGCAGCUUGCUGCUCCAUUUCGUCUUCCUAAUCGUCAAGAAAGUCAUGCCUAUGAAUAGGAAUGCUCUGAUGGCUGCAGGCAGUUUGCCUUCAAGUUUUCUUUUUUGAUUUGUUUGUUGCUUUUGUUUUGUUUUGAAACAGGGUCUCUAUGAAGCCCUGGCUGGCCUGGAACUUGCUACACAGACCAGGCUGACUGUCCUCAUGCCUUCUUAUGGUGGCCACAAGCAUUGUUAACAUAUAUCAUUACCUUUUUAAAAAUCUUUUUCAUUAUCAAAUUUUAAAAUGUCGUAUAUCUUUUUUAUCCCAUACAGUUCUCUGUGGACAGUGUCUUAAACCAAUUGCUUUACUGUUUUUUAUUGCCCUGUUUUCCCCGUUAGAAUUGAUCCCACAGAUAAGUUUUAUGUUCCUAUUUUGUGUAUUUCUCCUGGUUUGCCAAGGCCUUGAGGAAAAAGCAGCAUUCAGCCGACAGGUUUUAGUUUUAGAGCUGGGGAUUGUGCGCACACUUGUGGUCCCACACUUGAGAGGCUGAACAAGGGGACCUCAGGAUCACAGGACACACAGGAAGACACUGUCUCAAAACAGCAAAGAAAUCCUUUCUAGUUCUAUACUCAACAUUCUGAGUCUUGUUUUUUCUAAAUUGAAAUUAAACAUUUAAGAAGCUAGUGCCUCGCUAGUGCCUUCCACACCAUUCUAGCAUGAUCACUUCCCUAUUGAAGAGUUGGUAAGAGUUUGUUCCUUUUUAUACUUUAUCUUUACUAUAGCCAGAUCAGAAAACACUACAUUUUAAGGGCUGGGUUGAAGCCCAGUGAUGGAGCUCUUGCUUAUCAUAGGUGUAGCCCUGGGUUUCCUCCUGGGUACCAACAAGAAACAAAACACUAGGUUGUGAAUCAGAGGGUAUUAUUAAAUCCAUACAUACACACACUUUCCUGUAGCAAGACAUGGGCUUAUGGGCAGGUUUUUGUCUUGUGUUUCUCCCAUAACAUUUAAUUAUGACUGUAACUAUUCGUAAUUAUGGUACAAAAGCAAAUGGUGAUUCAAGUAAAAUGUAGUGUUUGUUUACACGGGAUGCUGUGAAAGGGGUCUUCACACCAAAGGAACACUUUUUGGUUUUUCAAGACAGGGUUUCUCUGUAUAGCCUUGACUGUCCUAGAACUCACUCUGUAGACCAGGCUGGCCUCAAACUCAGUAAGAUCCACCCUCUCUCCCUCUCAAAUACUGGAAUUAAAGGCUUGUGCCACCACUGCCUGGCCAAAGUAUAAGUUCUAAAGUUUCAGAAAAUAAGAUUGUCAUUAGGAUAUUUGAACAAGUAUUUGUAAAUCAAAAAACCUUCAAAUAGAGAAACUAAAGCCUCUCUGGAAAACGAGGCUUAGAACUGGGCACAGUUGAAAGGUUUGUACUCAGUGUCUUUCAAGACUUUAAAUUCUUUUGUCCAUUCCCAAGAGUCUGUUUCUUGCGUUUGUCAUGACCUACAACAUAUGUAAUUGUGUAUAUUCUCAUUGCUUGUCUCUGUAAUCAAAAAAGUAUUUUAAUAAAAAAUAGAAAU